AUGACAUCCUCAACGACUCGUUCCGAGGAUGCGGUACGUGGGCUGCGCUUGAACCACGGCGAUAUAGACGAGGAUGACAUGGAAGAUGGAACUCCAGAGUCAGGUGGCUUGCUGGCGUCACAAGGCGAUGACUCUCCAUACCCGGACGGGGGAAGUCGACCAAGCACUGCUUUAGGAGAUACCCCGGAGACUACUAGCAAGCAACUGGCUGGCUCGAAAACACUGAGCCCCGAGGAAACCAUCGAACUAGCACGGCAUGCCGUGGAAAGUGGGAUUCAAGAUACUAAGCGUUCCCUAGCAGGCAGCGAGGCCGUCACAGAUGUGGUCAAGCCUAAGUUGACCAUUGAUCUUGGACAUUCACACAUUGCGAGGAUCCCUGAACCAGUCGUUGACUUGAUUAAAGAUGAAGUCGAACGGCUGUCUCUGUCAAAUAACCAGCUCUUCCAUAUCCCAUAUCGCUUUGCAGAGUGCUCGCAUCUACGCUAUCUCAACAUAAGAGCGAACAACUUCCGUGAAUUCCCCAAAGGAGUUUACAAACUACCAUUGCUCGAAAUUCUUGAUUUAAGCCGAAAUAAGAUCAAGGAAUUACCAAAUGAGAUCAGUAAACUGAAAUCAUUGCGAGUUCUGUCAAUGAUGCAAAAUCGCCUUGUUGACCUCCCAGCUGGCCUCUCUGAGAUGCAUAAGCUUCAAAUUUUCAAGUGUGUCGGAAAUCCUCUGCGGAAGCCACUGCGUGACAUUCUGGAGGAAACCGAGAACGAGACGACACCUUCUGUGAUGACCGACAACGAGAAAGAAGUUGCAGCCACGACCAAACUCAAGAGAUUCCUCAAUAAAACGCGACAGCAGACGAGCACACCCGAGCCAGAAAUCAUCGCGGAUGCAAGUGAUGGUAUUUUUGAGGCUAAGCCGGUACCAACACCAAUACCUUCAAAGCGGAAUUUGAGUGGUCGAUUUCCAGUAAUACCCAGCACUGGUGAUAGCUCAGCAAGCUCAUCUCGGUCUCCAUCGAUAUCACGAGCACCGCCAAUCCCAUUAAAAUCACACUAUCGCAUGGCUUCUGGACAACAAGGCGCUACCUAUCACAUGCCUGGUCUCCAAAGACCCGGCGUGGCCCCUCAUUCCGUUAACGAACGUAACCGAAGCAAUAGCGAGGGCAUAAUCCAAGGAUCAUCUGUUGCGCGUAGCAAAAGAAUGGGACUGAUCACUCGCAAGAAUACUGAUCUGGGUACAUUGGAUGAAACGCGCCCAUACCGGAACAGCCAUCUACGGGGUCUCAGCCAUGGAUCAGUACUUCGACCGCGUCAGUCUGUGGCGCCAAUAGCCACGAGUGACAGUACUCCUCCAAGUCCUACGAGCCCAAGAGAGCGUCGACGUCCGCGAGAUGGAUGGGUUAAUCGGAUGUCCAGUCUACCUGAACACAAGGGUGAGCGUGGGUCUGACCAACCGAUAAUUAAGAGCGCAAAAGGUAUUCUAUUUGCCCUCGCUCAAGUUCAUUCCCAUAUCGAUACAUUGAUCAACGUGAUCAAGCAUGAUGACACCAGGCGCCACAGCCUCGAACUUGUCUUUUACAAUGCUUCCUCACACGUUGAUCAACUCAACGAUGCCCUCGAAAAAGCAUCAAAUACCUUGAUCAAUGACCCCGAGUCAAUCACAUCAGUCACAGAAACAGUCAGGCGUGAAUGCGAGACGUGUAUCACCGCCUACAUUCACGUCGGCACGCAACUACGCAACAAUGUCGCCAAGAUCGUUUCCAACGGCGAUCCGCGCUAUGUACGAUCGCUAAUGCUGACGAUGUUUGGCAGCCUGGUGGAGCUACGGAAUGCUUGCGUUAUUCUCAAAGUCCCGCUCCAGACCAUUAACAAUCGUCGCUCUGCUGGAAAACGCUUGAUUGGCCCAAGCAACCCACUCCCCUCGGUCCCAGACCGAUCUCAACUGCCGCUGGCCACUCCAACAAGAGAUCUCACCCCACCCACACGACGAUUGCGGAGCGACACCACUAUCCGACACCCUCAAUACCCUAUGACUAUGAAUUCCAAUCAGACUGGCAUCAGUUCUCCUGGGUUGUCCACAUAUGCACGCAGUCGCUCGAGCAGCAGGUCAAACAUGAUCAACACAUCUGUACCACACUCGUUGGCAACCCCUCGCUCAGGCGAAAGCUUCCCUCCUAUGCCUAUUCCCACGGCUCCUCCCCGUGUCAACACAUUGACCGGACUGGAUGAAAACGAAGAGGAGCAGAUAUUCGAAAAGAUCUUCCAUCAGCUGACUGCUACAUAUCAUGCCGCAUAUGGAGCACUUCCACUGGCUCGUCGGCAAUUCAUAAGGUGCUCAGAAGCUGCUCAACAAUCCCGGGAUUCGGAUGGAAUCCAAAUCCUCUGGAACAACCUCAUCCGUCGAUGUCAAUUCUGCCUGGAAGUCUCGGAUGCCCUGGGGCAACGUCUCUCGACCAUGAAGGUCAAAGAACCAGGCGGUGGGCUCCGCAAUCAACGCGAGUUCUGGCAGCUAUGCAAAUCAUUCAUGCAGUCGUUCGUAGAUCUAGUCAACGAGAUGCGGGAAUUGAAAAGUAUGCAACUUCUACCUGCUGAUGUUGUCAUUCUCCUACGCCCAGUCCAAAAAGCAAGCCGGGAAGCAGGCCGCUUGAUCGAGGUAUCUCCUUGGGCCUACCUUGCAGAUCCUGACCGCCAUCCCGCACCUACUGCUUUCUACGGCCCUCCGCUGCAGGCCUCACACCUACAACACCAUCAAACAUCCGUCUCAACAUCCGCUCUCACCAACAACCCUUCUUUCCAACUCAACAUGAUGAUGCCCCCGCAAUCAGUUACCAUCCCUGCCACUCCGCUGAGUGCGGCGCUCGGCCCUGCUGCGCAGGCGACUGUCCCCUCGACACCGGCUAGUGCAUACAGUGAUAAAUUCUUCGAGGGCGAUGUCUUCCAGCGUGCCGACUCGCUUCUCUCGUCAAAUCAAGCCCCGUUCUUCCGUCGCUAA